AUUUUUGUCAUCUCUCUGUAGAGAUAGGGGAAUACAAAAGUUUGUGUGCUACCUUCACUAGCUGCUUACAUAUGUAUGCGUCAGAUUGGUGAUGUUGCCUGCAUUGCCGACUAGUGACAUGACACCUCCACCGGCAGCGAUCGGCUCGCUCGGAUUCGUUUAGGUUUUUCGAGCUUUGCAAUCGUUUCGCGUUGCCGUCUCUCAGCCGCUGUCAUCCAUAGUCCAAGUUCUGCGUUCUGCCUGCGUCCGCCAAGUGCGAGCGCCGCCGCCGGACACCACCUCUUCGUUUUCCAGCGUGCGCCGCCCGCCCGCCGAUCACAGACCGGAGACCGGAAUCAUUCAGGGGUGUGAGUGCUGAGGAAGUACUGGCAGGACAUCAAGAUGCCAGCGGUACGUGGCGAUGGAAUGCGCGGCUUGGCUGUGUUCAUCUCAGACAUCAGGAAUUGCAAGAGUAAGGAGGCUGAGAUCAAGCGCAUCAAUAAAGAACUUGCCAACAUCCGUGGCAAGUUUAAAGGAGACAAGACUCUGGAUGGGUAUCAGAAGAAGAAAUAUGUCUGCAAGCUGCUUUUCAUCUUCUUGCUGGGGCAUGACAUUGAUUUUGGACACAUGGAAGCCGUCAACCUGCUAUCUUCCAAUAAAUAUUCCGAAAAACAAAUUGGUUAUCUGUUUAUAUCAGUGCUAGUCAACACAAACAGUGAACUCAUCAAGCUGAUUAUACAAAGUAUUAAGAAUGACCUGGCGUCGCGCAACCCAAUCCAUGUCAACCUUGCGCUGCAGUGCAUCGCUAAUAUCGGCAGUCGCGAAAUGGCGGAAGCGUUCGCCAUUGAAAUUCCAAAACUACUGGUAUCCGGCGAUACGAUGGAUGUGGUAAAACAGAGCGCUGCAUUAUGCCUGCUGCGUCUGUUCCGCACCUCGCAGGAAAUCAUCCCCGGUGGUGAGUGGACAUCGCGAAUUAUCCAUUUACUCAACGACCAGCACAUGGGCGUCGUCACGGCUGCCACCAGUCUUAUCGACGCCCUGGUUAAGAAGAAUCCGGAAGAGUACAAGGGGUGUGUGUCAUUGGCAGUGUCACGCCUCAGUCGAAUCGUGACAGCAAACUACACAGAUCUACAGGAUUAUACUUACUAUUUCGUGCCAGCACCAUGGUUAUCUGUCAAAUUGUUGCGGUUAUUGCAAAACUACACUCCUCCAGCUGAAGAUCCAGGCGUGCGAGGCAGGUUGAACGAAUGCCUCGAGACGAUACUGAACAAAGCUCAAGAACCUCCAAAAUCGAAGAAGGUGCAGCACUCGAACGCCAAGAAUGCCGUCCUCUUCGAAGCCAUCAGUCUUAUUAUACACAACGACAGUGAACCCGGGUUAUUAGUUAGAGCAUGCAAUCAACUAGGCCAAUUCUUGAGCAACCGCGAAACCAACUUGCGUUAUCUCGCGCUGGAAUCCAUGUGCCACUUGGCCACAUCAGAAUUCUCGCAUGAGGCCGUCAAGAAGCACCAGGAAGUGGUGAUACUUUCCAUGAAAAUGGAGAAGGAUGUUUCCGUACGUCAGCAGGCCGUUGAUUUGCUCUACGCCAUGUGUGACAAGAGUAACGCUGAGGAAAUAGUUCAGGAAAUGUUGAACUAUUUGGAAACAGCAGAUUAUUCGAUUCGUGAAGAGAUGGUUCUAAAGGUCGCCAUUUUGGCUGAGAAAUACGCGACGGAUUACACAUGGUACGUGGACGUCAUUCUCAAUCUCAUCCGUAUUGCUGGUGAUUAUGUCAGCGAAGAAGUGUGGUACAGAGUCAUCCAAAUUGUCAUUAAUCGCGAUGAAGUACAAGGUUACGCAGCGAAAACUGUGUUCGAAGCGUUGCAAGCCCCCGCAUGUCAUGAAAACAUGGUUAAAGUAGGCGGAUAUAUUCUCGGCGAGUUCGGCAACUUGAUUGCGGGCGAUCAUCGAUCGUCCCCGUCCGUGCAGUUCCAGCUACUGCACUCGAAGUAUCACCUGUGUUCGCCGAUGACGCGCGCGCUCUUGUUGUCUACUUAUAUUAAAUUUAUCAAUCUGUUUCCGGAGAUUCGUACGCAGGUGCAGGAGGUGUUCAAGCAGCACAGUAAUCUGCGAUCGGCGGACGCUGAAUUACAACAGCGUGCGUCCGAAUAUCUUCAAUUGAGUAUCAUUGCCAGUUCUGAUGUCUUAGCCACCGUUUUGGAGGAAAUGCCUGCUUUCCCUGAGAGAGAAAGCUCGAUUCUUGCGGUGCUCAAGAAGAAGAAGCCUGGACGUGUUCCGGAGAAUGAUAUUAAGGAGAGCAAAAGUCCUACUCCAGCCACGGCGAAUCAUUCGAAUGAAGUUAACAAUGCAAAUAAUUCAGCAUCUGCGGAUUUAUUGGGUCUUUCUACACCUCCAACCUCUCAACCUGGAAAUACCGGUGUCCUUUUGGAUGUGUUGGGUGAUAUCUACAGCGGUAACAAGACGAAUAAUGCGUCAGGCGCGAAUAACUUGUAUAAUCACAAGAAGUUUGUGUGCAAGAAUAAUGGCGUCCUCUUUGAGAACGACCUCAUUCAAAUCGGCGUCAAGAGCGAGUUUAGGCACAAUCUGGGACGUCUUGGAUUAUUCUACGGUAAUAAAACAUCGGCGGCACUGCAGAACUUCGUGCCGAGUUUAAUCUGGAGCGAAGAGCAGAACGCCAAGUUGAGCAUACAGCUCAGAUCAGUCGAACCUACGCUGGAAGCAGGCGCACAAAUCCAACAGAUGCUAAAUGCGGAAUGCAUUGACGAUUAUACAGAUGUACCAAGUAUGGCUAUUUCAUUCACGUACAACAACAUGCCGCAGAAGAUAACCCUGAAGCUUCCGCUCUUCCUGAAUAAGUUCUUCGAGCCGACGGAAAUGAACGGCGAGUCGUUCUUUGCGAGGUGGAAAAAUCUUGGAAGCGGAAAUCAACAAAGAUCUCAAAAGAUAUUCAAAGCGAGCGGCGUGAUGGACUUAGCAGCCGCUCGCACCAAAAUGUUGGGCUAUGGCAUGGCGCUCCUGGACGGAAUUGACCCCAAUCCGGAUAAUUUUGUAUGCGCAGGCAUUGUGCAUAUGCGUAGUCAGCAAGUUGGAUGUCUUCUGCGCUUGGAACCAAACAAAAACGCCCAGAUGUAUCGACUGACAGUACGUUCCAGUAAAGAACCCGUCUCCGUGGAACUGUGCGAACUGUUGGCGGAUCAAUUUUAAGGACUUUCUUCACUACUGAACGGUAGGCAUAUGCGUAAAUAUUAUAAAUAUUUCGAAUUUAAUUUAGUAAGCAAAACAAGAAGAACUCCCCUCCACACGCCGGGAGUUAUAAAACAUAAACAACCAAAAUGUACGCGCACUGAGCGAUGAGUCGAUCUUUUAGAACAAAUUGUAAGCGCUAAGGAAAUAUUUAUUAGGGUUAAACACACGUCGUAGGUAAAGUAAAGAUUAAUAUAAAGAGUGCAAAACUAGCGAAAUGUUUUUUGUGUGUUUUGUGUUUUUGAUUUUAAAAAAAGUGGUAAACCAAAGUAUAAUAUCGUGUUUUAAGUUUUCGCCUGUAAUCGCUCGGUGGCCGACGCAAACUACUCUCUAUAACACUGCAUUCCAGAUUGAUUUUUAAUUGAUUUCCGUUGUUGGUUUUUAUUUUACUCGAAUGAUAUUAUGAAAUGAUGAUCAAAGCGCACUUGCCGAGGCCGCCAUGUUUGUUGUCAUUUGCCGCCCGCGCCCCCCGCUCCAUACUCUACACACGCUGCUUUUCUAUUAUUAUUAACAAACGUGUAACAACUAUAGUAUCGAAAGACCAAGACAAUAUUUGUAGAGAUCGACGACGCACGUGGCCGCGCACGUGCACCAACGCAUAUGUAUAUGUUAUUGUAUGUAUAAGUACGAAUGUAACUGAUUAACCCCCUCGCCUUCCUCCCUCCACGCCGACAAUGUAACCACAACCGCCCGUCUCUUUGAUGAGUUUUAUUUUUCGAUUCUGUAUGUUUUUUUUUUUUAGUCGUUUACGAAUAGAUUGUAUUUGUAUACGAAGAGUUUGAGCGCUUUGUUUGAAAUACUCAGUUCGACAUCAAUCUAGUAUGUAAAUAUGUGUCCCUCCUUUAAACUUUACACUUAACCACUGGUAAUAUAUCAUUGUAUAAAUGUAGAACUUGAUGAAACACUAACACAAAAUGAGGAAACAUAUUCAAAAUACUACGCCUGCUCUAAAUAAAUAUGUGCAAAGUGUAAGAAAAUGUUAAAGUUUAAGCUUGAUGAUGAAAAUUUCGAUGUAAUCCGUAUAGAGUUACUUUCCUGUUAUGUUAUAUAUAUAUGAUAUGAUUAUAAUUGAUAAGCUCAUCAGUUAUCAGUGCAUUCCUGUAAGAAUAAUGAAAAACUAGCAAGUGUAUAAUAUACAAAAUACAUUAUAUCAAUUUAAACGAA